CCACCCUCCCCCUCCCCCAACUUGCAAAGACCAGAGCCUUUGGUAAAUGAAGCGCCCGAUGCUUCUUCUGGGACGGGGCCAGACAGGGCAAGCAGACCAGCUUCUGUUUCCACUGACUGGGAGAAGUUUUCUCUGAAAACAACGGAGCCAUGUUACGGCGCAAACCCUCCAAUGCCAGCGAGAAGGAGCUGACCCAGAAAAAGAAGCUUUCACUUCAGCGCUCCAGCAGUUUCAAGGAUUUUGCCAAAUCCAAGCCCACUUCACCUGUAGUGAGUGAGAAGGAAUUUAACCUGGAGGAGAACAUCCCUGAGGGUGACUCCAAAAUUCCUGUCACUGAAGAAAAUGGCAAGGGCGGGAGCGGCAAGAAGCUGGGAAAGAAGUGGAGGGCGGUCAUCUCCCGCACCAUGAACAGAAAGAUGGGCAAGAUGAUGGUAAAAGCCCUUUCGGAGGAGAUGGCAGAUACUCAGGAAGAGGAAUUAACCUCUCCAACGUCUCCAGACUGUGAAACUGAUGGGCUGGGCCAUGAGAAGGUGGCCAUAUGUUACCUGGAGCAAGAGGAGGACGACCACCAGCCCCUCAGUCGCCAGACAUCGACUGGCAGCGAAUUGUGUAGCCCUGGAUACUCAGGCAUUUCCCGGGACAGGGGGAGCCUGGAGGAGGCCUCGCUACCCUACACAGGACCCUUCUGUGGCAAAGCUCGGGUCCAUACGGACUUCACUCCCAGCCCGUAUGACAGAGACUCCCUGAAGCUCCAGAAAGGAGACUUCAUCCAGAUCAUCGAAAAGCCCCCAGUGGGCACCUGGAUGGGGCUGCUGAACGGCAAAGUGGGCUCCUUCAAGUUCAUCUACGUGGACAUCGUGCCGGAGGAAGUGACUCCAGCCCGCAAGAGCCGCCAGCCCAGUAAGAGCAAACGCCCCAAGCCCAAGACCCUGCAUGAGCUGCUGGAGCGCAUUGGCCAGGAGGAGCAUACAUCCACCUUGUUACUGAAUGGCUACCAGACCUUAGAGGACUUUAAGGAACUGCGUGAGACUCACCUUAAUGAGCUGAACAUCACCGACCCCCAGCACCGAGCCAAGCUGCUCACAGCAGCUGACCUGCUGCUAGACUACGAUACUGGCAGUGAGGUUGAAGAAGGAGGUGAGACCAACUGGGAGCCUCUGGCUUUACCUUUUGAUCACAAAGUGGAUAUCCCAAGGGAUUCAGGCUGCUUCGAGGAAUCCGAGUGUGGACGGGAAGAUGCAGAGCUGAACAAUACGAAAGAGCUAUUACAAGAUAUCUCCCUGGCAGAGUCGUCCUGAGAUGUUUCCAAGGAGACCCAGACUCCCCUCCUGGGCCCUUCCUUCCUCGCCCCAGGAGUGGGCGUGACUCGAGUGGCUGCCUUGCAGCUCAGCCUUGGCUUCCCCAAACUGUACCCCUCAAACAGCGGGAAGGGUCACUGGAUCAAGUGCAGUUGCCCAGUAAGGUCUCCCACAAUUAGAGAUCUAGGACCUACCGGGGAACAGAAGAACUCUCUCAAGGCAACGGCAUCAAAUGGGGCUGGGGACCACAUGCUCAUACCAGCUGGAGAAUCUAGGGUGACUUCUAGUUCUCCCUUCAUGGAGCAAUGUCUUUUUAAUCUAUGUAUCACCUGCACUGCACCCUUGUUUCAGGACCAAGGUUUGCCCAUCAUUAUUAAGGGAAGACCGCCUCCUCCCCCAACCCCCUUCCACCCUACUGGGCUUCCAAAGAGAUGGAGUCAGCUCUGGUAAGGACAUAGCUUGGGUCUACGAGCUGAGAAUCACCCAGCUUUCAAUACUUGGUUCAGCCUGAUGUAAAACUACUUCCUUGGGGGCCUUUUUUUGAGUCACUGACCUUCUUUCAAGGGCAGUGACUUUCUCAGAUAUUUCUCACCUCAGGUUUUCUGUUCUAGAAUGACAUAUCAUUGACUGCCAUGUCUACCCUGAUCUUGAGUUUGAGAGCACUCCCCGCUCUUAAACAGGACUGGUCCAAUUGAAGAGAAUUUGCACUCAUUUGCCCCUCAAUCCCUCCAUUCGAGGACCCCAUCGAGGUUGCUCUUCAUGGAGGAAGAAAACCUGUUGGAUUUUGAGCUCUUUCCUGCAUGUCCAUAAGUUGCCACCUGUAAGACAGAAGAGGGGCAUCUGCUGGCAGGGAAAUAAUCACUAAGAAGAGUCCAUCACCAGCUUCAGGCCCAAUCUGAAUUUACAUAUUCAUCCUUUUGGGCACAGAUUAUUUGUGUUUUUUUUUUAAACCAAGAGCUGGUACACAUGGUUGAAACUUCUGGAUUGUUUUAGGAGCUGCAAAGUGCACAGAUGGAGCGGCUUAGAGCCUACUGAUUAGAAGCGUCAGCUAUGUGACUGUACUCAUUCAAGCAGCCUUGAAAAUAGCCACUUAGCUACAUGCCUAAGGCGGUUAACGUCUGUCCUGCAAGAAAAAAAUGCUGGUUUCAUUUUAUGCCCUUGGGAAAUGGCAGAUCUGGGAAAAUGAACCCAGACUGAGAAUUGUUUGUACAUACAUAAAAUGAUGUAAUAAAGUACAAAUCCCUGCAGAAGGGCAGGGGUAUUCUGAUUGAACUUU